CUAACUGAACCCACAUGGAGGAUAUAAGGAGCAGAGGCAGCGUUACUGCUGCUUUAGUGCCCUCAGCGACUCGAGUUCCAACGCAAAUAUUCUCCCAAGGUGGUCGAGCGAGGCAAUCAAACAAACCUGAAAUAAUCCAGAGCUGCUCAGACUGACAGAGCUGCAAACUCUCCUGCCGGACUCUCACACUGUCCAGAGGGAAACCAGGCGGCAACAGCAUCAGCGCACACAACCAGAGAUAGAAGGCUAAACUGAGACUGGACAGUUUUUUGGGAGUUUGAUAGCCAUGAAGCGUCCACCCCUGGCCUGGCUGUACCGUGCUCUACUGCUGCUGUUUGCUCGGGCUACAGUGGCCAUGGUGAUCCCCAACAACACGCAGGUGGAGGAUAUGCUGCAGAAGUACCUGGAGAAGGAAGAGUCGUGGUGGGAGGCGAGGCCGAGGAGCCGGAGGGCAAUUUCAGCUAGUGACAUGCAGCUGAUCCUGGACCUGCACAACAAACUGAGGGGGCAAGUGUAUCCUCCUGCCUCCAACAUGGAGUACAUGGUGUGGGACACAGAACUGGAGCGCAGUGCAGAGGACUGGGCUCAUACCUGCCUGUGGGAGCAUGGACCCCCACACCUGCUCAGACAGAUCGGCCAGAACCUGGGGGCUCACUGGGGAAGAGACAGGCCUCCAACCUUCCAUGUGCAGGCGUGGUAUGAUGAAGUUCAGUACUUCAGCUACCCGUAUCCACAGGAGUGUGAUCCCUACUGUCCCUACAGGUGCUCUGGGCCUGUGUGCACCCAUUAUACACAGCUAGUUUGGGCCACAAGUAACAAAAUCGGCUGUGCCAUCAAUGUGUGUUACAACAUGAACGUCUGGGGCAUGAUCUGGGCCAAAGCUGUCUAUCUGGUCUGUAAUUACUCUCCACCGGGGAACUGGUGGGGUCACGCCCCCUACAAACACGGACACCCGUGCUCUGCCUGUCCGGCUAGCUAUGGAGGCGGCUGUAGGGACAACCUCUGCUAUAAAGACGAUGGCAGUCAGAGGUAUUAUGAUCCAGAGCCUGAGGAAAGCAACUACAUAGAGCCAGAGCCAGAACCUGCCCGGAGUCAGGUGUCCCACCCUGCAGAACCGUCCCCAACUCCACCCCCCAGCCAUGGUCUGGACAAUAAUGAUGUCACCAGCACUGACCAAAUGUCACAGUACGUUUCAUGUGAUACAAAACUACGGGAUCGGUGUAAAGGAACCACCUGCAACAGGUAUGAAUGUCCGGCAGGUUGUUCAUACAACUAUGGAAAAGUGAUGGGAUCGGGACAUUAUGAUAUGCAAUCCAGCAUUUGUGGAGCAGGUUUACAUGCCGGAAUUAUAGACGAUGAUGGAGGCUGGCUGGACAUCACCAGAGUGGGCAGGAGGCCGCGCUUCGCAAAGUCCUACAAAAACGGAGUUCAGACACUGGCGAAAAACCACAGCGCUAAUGCCUUCACCGUAUCGAAAGUACCAGUUAAAGCUGUCGCGUGUGACAUGACGGUGGCUCAGUACUGUCCCUUCAAAAAGCCAGUCCGGCAUUGUCCAAGAUUGUAUUGUCCUCACAACUGCCUGUAUGAGAGCAGUGCCCGUGUGAUUGGCACGCGUUACUAUGCAGAUAGGUCCAGUAUCUGUCGGGCAGCGAUUCAUGCAGGUGUGAUCCAGAAUGAGUCGGGGGGAUACCUGGAUGUGAUGCCAGUGGACCGGAGGCGGCAGUAUAACGGCUCAAGCCAGAAUGGAAUUACAUCAGAGACCCUGCUGAAUCCCACAGGAGGCAAAGCAUUCAGAGUGUUUGCAGUCAUCUGAAGCCACACUCCAAGGACACACACUCCAACGCAGCACUUCGUAGCAGAACGGCCGGCCAUCGCAGCGUUUGUUCACGCUGAGGCUUGUUGACGGCUGAAAAGUCUUUUUAAUGGGACAAAAAAAACCCAAAAAAAACACAUUGACAUUGACGCCAUCUGGACCCAAGAAACACCGGCGACUUUCUGACUUCAGCUGUUAUUUUUCUGCAAGUCUUUUAAGAGCUUGUUCACUGCCUGUCAAAACUUUGUGGAUGCCAGUCCCUGACAUUUUUGGUAUGCUGUUACUGCUCUGGAAAAAAAUAAGAGACCACUUAAAAAUGAUGAGUUUCUUUGAUUUUACCAAAUUGAAAACCUCUGGAAUAUAAUCAAGAGGAAGGAUGAUCACAAGCCAUCAAACCAAGCUAAACUGCUUAAAUUUUUACACCAGGAGUGGCAUAAAGUUAUCCAAAAGCAGUGUGUAAGACUGGUGGAGGAGAACAUGCCAAGAUGCACGAAACUGUGAUUAAAAACCAGGGUUAUUCCAUCAAACAUUGAUUUCUGAACUCUUAAAACGUUAUCAAUAUGAACUUGUUUUCUUUGCAUUAUUUGAGGUCUGAAAGUUCUGCAUCUUUUUUGUUAUUUCAGCCAUUUCUCAUUUUCUGCAAAUAAAUGCUCUAAAUGACAAUAUUUCUAUUUGGAAUUUGGGAGAAAUGUUGUGUGUAGUUUAUAGAAUAAAACAACUAAAUUCAUUUACUGAAAUAUAUACCUAUAAAUAGCAAAAUCAGAUAAACUGAUUCAGAAACUGAAGUGGUCUCUUCAUUUUUCCAGAGCUGUAUAUAAGAAUAGAUUUGCUUCAACAUGUCAACUUAAAUGAGCAGCUUGUCAAUAAAAUGAAUCAGACAGAUUGAUCAAUGAUCCCAGAUUAAUUCAAUAAGCCAAUACAUUUGAUACCUAAUGUGUGCUUCUUUAGUCUUUAGUUUGGAACAAAGAAUGCUAGGCUAACAAUGCUAACAGACACUAAACAGUGGACAAAACAGUCACAAUUCAAUCUCUGCACAUGGAUGCUCUAAUCGAAACCUAGAUCUAAACCCUAUAUUAAUGUAAGUAAACUAGAUUAUCAGUACCCCCCACCCCCC